ACUAAAAACAAUUUGAGAGGAAAGUUACUAAUCUUGCAGGUUUUGAUUGGAUGUGAUGGAGCAAAUUCGGUGGUAGCUGACUUCCUCGAGUUAAAACCCCCAAAAGCAUUUCCCCUGUCUACUGUGAGAGGUUUGACGAAGUAUCCAACUGGUCAUGCAUUUGCCCAUGAAUUUGUCCGAAUGAGAAGGAACAACAUUAUGGUAGGAAGAGUUCCAAUUGAUGAUAAGUCAGUCAACUGGAUGGUGGGUCAACAAUCCACUCCUAAAGAUGUCAGGGCGUUACAAAAUCCAGACCUUAUUAGACAGUCAACCCUACCCUUAAUCGAUGGUUUCCCACCUGAAAUUCAACAAAUGAUUGAAGACAGUGACGUAGAAUCAUUAUCUCUCACGCGCUUGAGAUAUCGUGCUCCAUGGGACUUGCUAUUGGGAAAUUUUCGAAAAGGAACAGUAACAGUAGCUGGGGAUGCAAUGCAUGUUAUGGGUCCAUUCCUUGGACAAGGUGGUUCGGCAGGUUUGGAAGAUGCUAUUGUUCUCGCUAGAUGUUUGUAUCAGAAACUUAGUGAAGUCGAUCAAAUCCAAAGCCGAAGUCAGAUGAUGAUGCAUAAAGUUGGAGAAGCAAUGGAUCAGUAUGUGAAAGAGCGGAGGAUGAGGGUGGUGCGAUUGUCGAUGCAAACUUAUCUCACUGGUUUGCUAGUGGGACCUUCAUCAAUGUUGGUGAAAUUGGCUUGUAUUGUUUUGAUGGUUGUUUUCUUUCGUAACCAAAAUGAUCAUACUAGGUAUGUGUGUGGGUAA